AAAGCAGGACGGAAGUGUGUCUUCCCCGACUCUGGAAUACAGACCGGAAAUGUGGCUGGUCUGUAGGCUUUCGGCACGUUAGCGCGAUAGAAUUACUGUAGAGCCACUAUCUCCCAAUAGAAUUGAGGACGGUAACUGUCCAGGGUGGAAUCUGUCUCUGGCCAAGUUUUUAGGUUUGCGAACAGAAGAAUUGAGUGUUGGGAGUAGGCCCUAGUGAUCGGAUCCCAGCGUGGGUUCCCCCGGGAUAGAGUUGCUGGGGACGCCGAGGUUUCUUGGUCAGGGCCAUGGCGGACUCGAAGCUGCUAGUGCCGGAGCUGAGCGAAGCUGAGGCAGCGGACACUGAGACGGCACGUUUCGAGGAACUACUGCUGCAGGCCUCCAAGGAGCUCCAGCAAGCCCAGAUGAGCAGACAAGACUCAACAAAGAUCCAACCUCAGCCUGGUUUCUGUGUAAAGACCAGCUCCUCCGAAGGGAAGGUUUUCAUCAAUAUCUGUCACUCUCCCUCCAUCCCUCCCCCGGCUGACCUGACGGAGGAUGAGCUGCUUCAGAUGUUGGAGGAGGACCAAGCCGGCUUCCGCAUCCCCAUGAGUCUGGGAGAGCCUCACGCUGAGCUGGAUGCAAAAGGCCAGGGUUGUACCGCCUAUGAUGUGGCUGUCAACAGCGACUUCUACCGGAGGAUGCAGAAUAGCGAUUUCCUGCGGGAGCUCGUCAUCACCAUAGCCAGGGAGGGCCUUGAGGACAAGUACAGCUUGCAGCUGAGUUCAGAGUGGCGUUUGUUGAAGAAUCGGCCUUUCCUGGGUUCCAUCUCGCAGCAAAACAUCCGUUCCCAGCAGCGUCCUCGGAUCCAGGAGCUGGGCAACUUGGUAGCACCAGACCUCCCUGUAGCUGAAGAAGGCCCUGAGAAGCCUCACCUGAACCUCUGGCUGGAAGCCCCUGACCUCCUCCUGGCUGAAAUUGACCUGCCCAAGCUGCCUUCUGGGUCUGUUCUUACUACCCCAAUAUGCAAAACGGAUAGUGGAUUGAUGUCACCACAUCCCCAGGACGGAGCCCUGGGACUGUCACUGGAGAUCGGGGAGAACCGCUUGGUGAUGGGGGGCCCCCAGCAGCUCUACCAUCUCGAUGUUCACAUCCCCCUGCGCAUCAAUUCUGACAAGAGCAAGGCAGCCUUUCAUCGGAUGAGAAAGCUGAUGGUGGCCAUGCCCCUUCUGGCAGCGCCUUCCUGACCAGGCAUGUGGAGUCUGGGGGUGUUUGAAAAUAAAGGACCUUUGCUUUUG